UAUAUAAAAUUGGUCCAAAUUGUUAGAGCUUAGAAAAUGAUUUUCGUUAUUACAAUCAAGUUAUAUGAUGAUGUUGAGCAGUAAUUAAUGAUCAUCAUUGAGGUACAACCAAAUUGAACUUUAGCGUUUUCAUUUUUUCAUCUUUAAAACUAAAAAUGCAGAAUUUCAGUGAACAUUUUAACAUCUCCACUGUGGAUUCAUUUUGGAUGAUAUCAGCUCGGUGGUUGAUCUGCAGUAUAGGAGUAAUCGCUAACCUAGUAGUUAUUGUGGUAUUUGUUUAUAACAAUACGUAUAGGAAAUCUUUGUCACACACGUUGCUGUUACACCUAUCGAUCACCGACCUCGUCGGAUGUGCACUGUAUCUUGUUUUCUUCAACAGCAAUGCACCUUCUGGAUUAUGGGGAAGAGUGUUCUGUAAAUCCAGAGUUCUUUUCUGGUACACGUCAGCAACGUCAACCUACAAUCUGGUAAUGUUGACUAUAGAGCGCUACAUUGCUGUGGUACAUCCGUUGUUUUAUCGUACAAAAAGCUUUGGUCAAAAGAGAACUGUACCCUUGUUAAUUCUGCAUGUAUUGGGUAGCUUAACCGCAUUUCAGGUGGGUAUUACUGCGGACUUGAGCAAGGACGUGCACGGAGAAUGUGUAUACAACUACUCGUCAAAACUAAUCGCUGUAGUAUUGGCUGUGUAUGUCUUCUCAAUGUGUUGGUUGAUUCCAGUAAGCGUCAUGGGAUUCUGUUACACGCGCAUUUUGUUGAAGCUCAACACCAUAACGCAACUACAUGUCGUAAUGGUAAGCUAAAGAGGACUCAACGACAUCUGCUAUACACUACUACACUUGUCGCCAUCGCGUUCAUUGUUACAGUUACUCCUAACGAAGUGAUAUAUAUAGUGUACAACGUAUGUAAUUGUUUUCGGAUUAGUACUCUAGUGGUACAUGAAAUUA